CACGGUGCUCUUCGAUUGUUUCCGUCUUAUUGCUGAUAGUUCUAUGCUGCUCUAGGCGUGUUAAUUUUUGCAUUUCUUGAGGGGCACGGCGUAAAAGAAUGACCUCUCAAGACGCCGAAAACAAAGACAUGGAGGUCAACGUCUUAGACGAACUCCUGGAGAAUGCCGAUGACGACGAUUUGGCAGCGGAGUUAAACAACGAAGAAAAAAAAGUUGGUAAACGGAUGCCUUUGACACCUAGUACACCGCCGUCCACAAAGGCCUCUCUAGCUGCUGCUGCUGCCGCCAAAAAGAACUCUGCCACUGCUAAGCCUGUCAAGAGGGUAGCUUCAGCUGAUAAGACCUCGUCUCAGAAGAAAAUGUUGCCGCCUUCUAAGGCCCCUCCUUCCAAGCCCACUUCCACACCUAAGAAGAAACCUCCUGCCAACGUACCCAUCAGUUCGGCCUCAGUCGGGCCUUCCACUUCUGCGACUGUUUCUUCCACGAGUUCUACGUUGGCUCAGUCCAAGAGUAGCUCCCAGCCGAAGCUGGUUAAAAAGAUACCUCAAACAAAGAUUGCCGCCAAGUCUCCCACAACUGCUGAGAAACCUGUGGUGAUGAAAGCCAAGCCAGUGGUGUCAGCAACGGGAGAGCCAAAGAUGUCUGCUGAGGACCUCCUCACAGCUGAGCAAGCUGCUCAGAAAGGAAUGGUGAUUAAGAAGACAGUGGCGAAAAAGAUACCAACCACACAUCAGACACAGAACAAGCCAAUCAAAAAGGUUGUGGCCCCACCAAAAGCAGCUGCCGUGAAAGUCUCUGAGACUACGUCUGCAACAAAAGUGAAGCCCGAGAAGGUGGCUGUUACAGCUCCCAAGCCAUCUGCGGUCUCCCCAAGUGUCGUCGUAGCCUCAAGCAAGAUGCAUGUGCCAGAUGAAGACCCAGAUCGACUUCAUGUGACGCCCACCGCGGAAGAAUUACAAGUUGCGGAAGAGCCUCUUCCCCCACCACCUAUGGUCAGUGGAGGCUCCUCGUCUAGUAUGCACACACGCACUUUGGACCCUGUUGCGAGCUUUGUCAUGGGAGGUGGCUCAAGUCGCAUGAGCUGUGUCUCCGAGGGCCGAGGUGGUGGAAAUACUACAGCCAAUCCGGACUACGACACCAGAAGUGAGGCAUCGUCUUCUGGCCAUGAGAGCUGUUCAUGCAGCCUCGGCUCUAGCACUUCGAGGUCACGGUCAGUGUCCAGGUCCAGGUCACGCUCCAGGUCACAGUCUUACAGUGGCUCAUCUUCAGCGGCUUCAGAACCAGGCAAUCGUUCACCAAGACACCAUGUCUCUCGCAAGAGGCGUCAUUCUCCAAUCAUCUAUGACAGAAAGAACAGAAGUGUGGAGAGAACGCCAAAGCGGCCACGAGUUUCUUCAUCUGUUGGAAGACGAGAUAUUUCUGAGCACGCUGAUCAGCACCUCAUGAAGUACUUCUUCCGGAACGCCAGGUUCUUUUUAGUGAAAAGCAACAACCACGAGAAUGUUGUGCUCUCUAAGGCCAAGGGGGUAUGGUCAACACCGCCUCAAAACGAAGCUAAACUGAACCAGGCCUUCAGGGAGUGCAAAAAUGUCAUUCUGAUCUACUCGGUUAAGGAAAGUGGCAAGUUCCAAGGCUUUGCACGUUUAGCGUCGGAGUCGAACCACGACUGCCCUACAAUCCAGUGGGUGCUGCCGCCCGGUCUGAGUGCCAGGGCUCUGGGCGGUGUAUUCCAGGUGGACUGGAUCUGCAGACGUGAGCUCCCUUUCACCAAGACUGCCCAUCUGUACAACCCUUGGAAUGAUGGAAAGCAAGUCAAGAUAGGUCGUGAUGGACAGGAAAUUGAACCUCGUGUUGCUGAAGAGCUCUGCCAGCUGUUUCCCGUGGACGAAAACAUCGACCUCCGCAGUAUCCUGCGCCGCCGGGGCCGCUCGUCGCGUAGAAGCCCCACUCACCGCCGCCGCACCCCAUCACGUCGUUCCGCAUCGCCCUGCGGCCGUGGCCACCGCCACCGCCAUGCUCGCACCGGCGGAAGGGAUGAAGCUCGUUUGCAUCUGGCGAGGGUGCAUAGUCGCCGGUCCAGAAAUAGCCAUGGUUCACAUUCUCCACGACCGAGGCACCGUAGGGAAAGUUCAGAUGAUGGUUACCGCCUGGCUCGUCGUGGGAGGUACGGUCCUGAUCAUGAGAUGCCCAUGGACAGAUAUCCCGUCAGGAGAGAUCAACCUUCUAUGAAUGGGAAGUCUUUCUGGGAGAUGCACUUGCAAGCUUACCAAGACUACCUCAGGGAGUACCACCAUCAUCAAAGACCACCCUUGCCGCCAAUGCCAUAUGGGCCACCGCCGCCUUUUCCCAUGGAUGCCAUGCCGUACCACUAUGACCGAAACAUGCAUCACAUCGACUACAACCAUGGUGUAGCAUCACGAACUUCAAGGCAACCAGAGAAGCGAUCGUAUGAAAUGACGGUCGAUGACUUCAUCAGGAGAACAGCACGACCCCCACCAAGCCGUGUCGAGCGCCGAUAUCGCGAGCGACGGUGAAUGGGCACCACCCCAGUUGAUCUCACUGAAGAAGACCAUUGUACAUUCAUCGUAUCAUAGUUUCCAACUCAUCUUUAUUUUACAGCCUCAGUGGCCUGUCAAUGGUCCAGAGGUUAUUGUUGUUGCUGUAUGCAGCCUGCGAAUUCUUACAGUGCUGUGUUUGGCGUGACCCCAUCCUCCGUAAUGCUUUGUACAUAAUGUCCGUUGUGCAUUUGCUGCUGCAUGUCAAAAUGAGCAACAUGCAGACCACAUGGUGUGUCUGAGUGUAACAUCUUUGUUAUGUGUUGAAGACAACUAACAUUGAAAACAUUGACUUCCUGUUAUUUUUGUAUGUUUCUCAAAAAAACCCUGUCCAGAACUUGUGCACACUUAUGAACCCCAGAAGGAAUGUGUGUUAUGAAACAAUAAAAGGGCUGACGUGUAUAAUCUCUA